UCAAGCUGGAUUUUUUCUGGUUCUGAAAAAAUAUGAGAGGAAAGAAAUUACAGGUUUUAUUUUUGCUUAUUUAAUUUUCACCCUAAAAGUGCCCCUCAAAUGUAGUUUUCGCCCCCCUAACAACGUGUUCCUUCCCGCGUUCCUGUGUUUUACCAAUGUAAACAAAUAUGUCCAUAGUUUCCCGGCGAUUCAAAUAUAACAAUGAUUUCGGAAGAUAUGGUUGAAAAGCGCUCUAGAAGGAAUUUUUACCUUACCUACUUUUUUCACUCCUUUUGUAUUUUCAGGUACUGUAUUUUUGUCAAUAUAUCGUAUUUCCUCAUCUGUCACUUUGACAAAAACACCUGGCCGCCAUUUUGAAAAUUCGCUUAUGUGAUUACCGCUUAGUAUUGCGAGGUCGAUCGACCAAUCAAAGGUUAAUUGAAAAAGACCGAAAAUUCCUUGUUCUUUAUAGUUUUAAAACACGUUCCCCAACUUGCUUACAAAUCCGUGUUUAAUUAUAAGUUUAUGUUCUUUUCCACUUGGUCUGUAUAAGAUAACAUGACCCCUUUGGUAAAUGGUCUUUAUUACACAUAUUAAUAGCAGAUACGCUAAAUCAUUGAUGUGUUUACACUUUUUAAGAAUUAUACAUGCUCAUAUAAUUACUCAUAUAAGAGUCGAGGCUUCUAUUUAACGAUAAACUGUAGCGAGACGUUCCAAACGAAAAGGUCGUAUUGCAAACAGAUCAGCGAACAGUGGACUAGCAGUAUAUAGAACACACGCGCUGGGUUGAGCGAGUGGUCCAGUUUUUCGCCUUGCAGCAAAGAUUGUGUUAAGGAAAGGCGAAUAUAUUGUUUCUCUUCAAACCACGCUGACUAUCCUGGGGCAUCGUCGCAUGGCGUGGAAUCUCAAUGGCAGAAUUGCACGAACGAGGAAUGUUACACUGCUGUUGCUGGUCACUGGGGUCGCUGGUCCUCUUGGACAGAAUGCGAUGAAAAUUGCAAGCGUCAUCGAUCCAGAAAAUGUUCAGAUCCCGCCCCGAUACAUGGCGGGAACGACUGCUCAGGGGUUGCGAAGGAAGAAAAAGAUUGCUACGCCAACAGUACAUGCAACCCAGGUGGAAUUUGAGGCAAUUCGUGGCCGAUCUUUUUAUUCUGACAUGGCUUUGGAUGACAUCCAUUUCACGGAAAUGCCCUGUGGUAUUCAACACUUGGGAUGUUUUAACGAUCGUUAUAAAAGAGCUUGCUUUGCCAGACUUGGUUGCGAAUCUCUGGGAUAAAAUAGACUGGUAUGACAUGCAAAAGACCGUCAGAGAAUACGCCUGUGUUGCUUAUGACAAAGGAUACAAGUAUUUUGCUGUGCAGUUUUACGGAGAGUGUUGGGGCGCAAGAAGUAUGAUUGAAUAUGACAAAUAUGGUGCUUCCAACGACUGCUGGUCUGGUGUCGGAAAAGAUUUCACGAAUUAUGUUUAUAAAUUCACGAAAUAAGAUACGUUUUAUUUUCAUUCUAUCUAUAUCUCAGCAUUCCCAAUAUUUUGGGAUUAAGCCACUAGUAGGUAGGAAGUUGCAUGACAAAAGUCACAAAGAUUGGAAAAAAAAACUUGCGUUCGUGCAAAUCUAUUCUUUUAGAGAGUUUACCGUUCAGUAUUGUAUAUAUAUUUAUUUUAAUUUUUGAAUAGAAACAGCCUACUAUUGCGUUUAAUGAUUAUUUAAAGCGAAUAAGAAUAAUUGACAUCUAUUAAUAUUACCACUGAUAUCAAAGCGAGUAUCAUAUUUCUAAUGCAGACAUAACUCUAACAC